UCCCUCCCUCCCUCCAUGGCGGCGGCGCCCAUGGAGCUCCUCUCCUCCAAGCUCCUCCGCUCCACCCUCCGCCUCCCCACCCCACCCCUCCCCUCCCCUUCCUCCUCCUCCUCCUCGCGCCGCCGCCGCUCCUCCUCCACCCCCAUCCACUGCCGCCUCACCACCUCCUCUCCCACCACCACGACCACCACCACCACCCAAGAAGGUGGCGACCUCUCCUCCCUCCUCUCCGCCCCCACCGCCGACGACGCGGCGGCGGGGAGGAAGAAGCGGUCGAGCAGCGGCGCGUCCAGCAUCCCCUCCGGGGUGCGGCUGGAGGGCGUCUCCAAGUCCUACAAGGGGGUGACCGUGCUGAGCGACGUUUCUUGGGAGGUGCAGCGCGGCGAGAAGGUGGGGCUCGUCGGCGUCAACGGCGCCGGCAAGACGACGCAGCUCCGCAUCAUCGCCGGGCUGGAGGAGCCCGACGGCGGCAGCGUCGUCAAGGCCAAGGACAACAUGAGGAUCGCCUUCCUCAGCCAGGAGUUCGAGGUGUGCGCGUCGCGGACCGUCCGGGAGGAGUUCCUCAGCGCGUUCCAGGAGGAGAUGGAGGUCAAGUCCCGCCUCGACAGGGUGCAGGCCGCGCUGGAGGGCGCCACCGACGACAUGGACCUCAUGGGCAGGCUCCUCGACGAGCUCGACCUGCUGCAGCGCCGCUCCCAGGACGUCGACCUCGACAUGGUCGACGUCAAGGUCCAGAAGCUCAUGCCCGAGCUCGGCUUCGCGCCCGAGGACGCCGACCGCCUCGUCGCCUCCUUCAGCGGCGGCUGGCAGAUGAGGAUGUCGCUCGGCAAGAUUCUUCUUCAGGAUCCUGAUUUGCUGCUACUUGAUGAGCCUACAAAUCAUGUCGAUUUGGAUACCAUUGAGUGGCUAGAGAGCUACCUUAAGACGCAAGAAGUGCCGAUGGUCAUCAUAUCUCAUGACAGGGCUUUUCUGGACCAGUUGUGCACAAAGAUAGUGGAGACUGAAUUUGGCGUGUCCAAAACGUACAAGGGAAACUAUUCAGAAUAUGUUUUGGCAAAGGCAAUUUGGGUGGAGACUCAGUAUGCUGCAUGGGAGAAGCAGCAGAAGGAAAUUGAGCAGACAAAGGAGCUGAUAAACAGACUUGGGGCUGGAGUUAACGCAGGGCGUGCGUCGAGUGAGCAGAAGAAAUUGGAAAAGCUUGAAAAAGAAGGGUUGAUCGAGAAACCUUUCCAAAGGAAGCAGUUGAAGAUCAGAUUUCCAGAGCGCGGGAGAAGUGGUAGAACUGUAUUGACAUUAAGGAAUCUUGAAUUUGGAUUUGGGGAAAAGAAAUUAUUCAAUAACGCAAAUCUAAUAGUCGAGAGAGGUGAAAAGAUAGCCAUUAUUGGCCCCAAUGGAUGUGGGAAAAGCACUUUACUUAAGCUUAUUUUGGGGAUGGAGAAGCCGCAAGGAGGUGAAGUACUUCUUGGGGAGCACAAUGUCUUGCCUAAUUAUUUUGAGCAAAAUCAGGCGGAAGCACUUGAUUUGGAGAAAACUGUGCUGGAUACUGUAGCAGAAGCUGCAGAGGAUUGGAAAAUUGAUGAGAUCAAAGGUCUCCUUGGUCGUUGCAACUUUAGGGAUGACAUGUUAGAUAGAAAGGUUCAAUUCUUAAGUGGUGGAGAGAAGGCGAGGCUUGCCUUUUGCAAGUUCUUGGUCACUCCAUCUACUUUAUUGAUAUUGGAUGAACCAACAAAUCACCUUGAUAUUCCAUCAAAAGAAAUGCUUGAGGAGGCAAUUUCAGAAUACACAGGCACUGUUAUAACAGUUUCUCAUGACCGUUAUUUCGUAAAGCAAAUGGUUAACAGAGUUAUUGAAGUGAAAGAUCAGACUAUUCAGGACUAUCAAGGAGAUUACAAUUAUUACCUUGAAAGGAAUCUUGAGGCAAGGGAGAGAGAACUGGCACGUGAGGAAGAGCUUGAGGAGAAAGCCCCCAAAGUAAAAGCCAAGUCAAAAAUGUCAAAGGCAGAGAAAAUUGCCCGGAAGAAGCAGAAGAUGCAGGCAUUCCAGCAAAGCAAGCAAAAAUCGAAAUCGCUGAAAAAUGCAAAGAGGUGGAAGUAAGGUUACCUCCUGAUUCAUGGGGUUGGGGGGUGUCCACUGUGCCAUAUACCCCAUUUGCAACACCGGUGCCAAGGCAGGCUCAUGGCCUGCUGUAAUGCUAUAUACUCCAUAUACCUCUAGCAACUGGUGUACAUACAUCAGGAAUGAAGUAAUCCUAUUAGCAGUAGCAUCAUAGGAGACCAAAAUGCUGUAACUAAGCAAGAAAUCAUACAUGACCUUGUACAUAAUGCAGGCAGUUUCUGAUGGGAGGCAUGCUUCAUUUUGUGUCAAAUAGCAAUACCAUUCUUGUUCUUCCAGAUUUCACCCAUACGGAGGAACCACACAUUGUAUAAAGCCAGUGCUGCUGGGCAAUUCUACUAUGAUGUAAAGCUUGUACUGAUUGGUUACACUAUGGAGAUAAAGGAAGCAGAUCAAAAUGGUCUAGAUUUUGUC